AUGGAAGGUGAAGAAGGAGACCUGAGAAGGCCCCGAGCGCUGUCCGGCGCAAGUGCGAGAAACCAAGAUGGACCAACUUCCCCGAAUCGUAGAGAUGCAAUCUCUCCCAGAGGCAGGAGAUCUGGGGAUGCGACCGAGGAUGAUGGUGGACUGCGACGACGUAGCUCAGGGCAGCGUAGCGGCAGUGUUGGAAUCCCCAGUCUAGCUCCACGAACUACACUCGCGGCUCGAACACAGGGCAAGUUUACCCUGGCCGGGCCUGAUGAGACCCCUCAACUGCGCAUGGCUCAGGAGCCCUUUGUGCAGCCCGGAUAUGCGGACCUGAACCCUUCAUAUGAACAGCCUGCCAAUGCGAAGCCAGUAUGGUCUCUCGCAAAGCCCUUGCCCCGUGUGGUGCGACCGGGUAUGGUGCCCACCAGGGAUGAGCUCAUUCAGCAGCGUGCAAACGCCCAGCUUCCACUUGAGAACUCACAGAGAUACGGCUUGGAUGUGGAUCCCAAUGACCUUGAGCAGGGGAGGAUUGACAAAACCACCGACCCGCGGAAAAUGGCGGCGCAGGUUGAGGAUGCUCGGUUGCAGCGUGAGCAAGCCUUCAUGAACAAGAUCCUGAAUGGUGAUACCACAUCUACCAGACAAGGAUCGCGUUUGUCCCGUGCUUCAUCUACUCGUAGAAGACGCCAAUCGCAAUGGAAUCAGUCUCAAGAGGCGCUGUCGGUUGUCCAGGAAGGAGGCUCUGAAACCACAGAGGAUACCGAAGUCCCUGGUAGAACAAAUGAUUUAUUCAAUGAUGACCUGGGCCUGGGACCUAUUCCCGAGCAGCAGGAGAUCCCAGGGUUGGAUGAACCGAAGGUCGAGAUCCCUUUUCUCGACGAAUCCACCCACCCCGAAGAUUUGCAUCCCCUGAUCCAGGAGCUUGUGGAGGAUGAAAUUCACAACAAUCACACCACCUGGUCUGUUAUCCGGACACAUCACCGCGAGGCUCUGGCCGAGGCUCUAGCCGUGUUCGUUCAGCUCACGAUUGGUUUCUGCGCUGAUCUGUCUGUCACCAUUAAUGAUCAAGGCAACCCGAACACGACGGCCUGGUCCUGGGGCCUGGCCACUAUGAUUGGUAUCUACAUUUCUGGUGGUGUCUCCGGUGCUCACCUCAACCCUGCCGUUACCCUCAUGCUCUGGUUCUACCGUGGUUUCCCCAAGUCCAAGAUGCCGGAAUACUUUGCUGCUCAAUUCCUCGGUGCAUUCUGUGCUGCCCUGGCGGCUUAUGGUCUCUACUACCGCUCGAUUGAGAACUAUCUUGCAACCAACGCCACCAGCGGCAUCGUCACCAGCUUUGUCACCAGCCAGCGUGAAUCCUGGAUCGAUCCCGGAACGGCCUUUGCUAAUGAGUUCUUGGGAACCACUUUCCUUGCAUGUGUGAUCCUGGCAUUGGGUGAUGACCAAAAUGCUCCUCCCGGUGCUGGUAUGAACUCGCUUAUUGUUGGUUUGGUGAUUACCUGCCUGUGUAUGACCAUGGCUUACCAAACUGGUGCUGCCUUUAACCCCAGUCGUGACUUUGGUCCUCGUCUUGCUCUUCUGGCUCUUGGUUUCCCUAGUGAUCUGUUCCUGAACCCAUACUGGUUCUACGGACCCUGGGUCGGCGCCAUUGCCGGUGCAUUCAACGGUGCGUUCUUGUACGAUUUCUUCAUCUUCACUGGUGGAGAGUCUCCUGUCAAUUACCCCUGGGAGCGAACCCAGCGUGCGAUGAAGAAGAGUCGCAUGAAGUGGCGUCGCCGUCUCCAUCUUGAUAAGAAGAACGAGGAUGAUGUGACCCGAAUUUAA